AUGUACUCGGCUUUGGUCACAGAGGCGUACGACUGGGAGGAGUGCCAGCGCGCCAUGAACAGCUACUCCUUCCCGAAGCCAGAAGACUCGCCGCAGAAGUCCCGCAGAAGCUCCAGCCAAUUCAAUACUCCUCAGACGCCGACCAUCCAGGAGUCCGACAGCGAGAGCGACGAAAAAACGCUGCAGCGCGCCGACGUGUCGCCGCGCCAGCACGCCGGCAUCCGCAAGAAGCUCAAGUACGACAACCGCACCGGCGCGGCCAUCCAGGACGACCUUGCCAGCGUCCUCGGACGCUCUUCCAUCUCGCUGAGAUCGCCCGUCAGCUCUGCGCAGUCGUCGCCCAAAUCAGAGCCCGCAAUGACAGAGGAGUGUCUGUGCUCGCCGCUCCUGAAGGAGGAGAGGUCGCGGAUGGACAGUUUCAGUUUUGGAGCACGGCCCCAGUGCGACAAUCUCCCGCGGGAGCUGAUCGACUUGGACAAGGUGGCGCAUUAUAGCUAA